UCGGCACGGUGAACGUUCCUUUGGACCAAACUCGCGGCAUCGAUUCAGGCGGCCAGUUGAGCGCCGACGACCGACGAGCCGACAGUGAGUGCGCGUAUUUUCGCGCGCAAAGACUCGUAGCAACCACGCGGGAAAAUUCGAACUUUACGUCACCCUUCCCGCGUGUUUUUCUCUCUCUUUUUUGUUUUUGACUUCCUGUUUUGUGUACAAAUCCAUUCUUUUGUUUCUUUUUCCGGUCUCGUUGCUGAGUUUGGUUUGUUCAAGUGAGCAACGAUUUCGAGGAUUUUGUUUUGUAAGUGCGGCGUAACAUAUAGGAUUGCCGAUCAAUAAAGUUCGUGACUGUCCAUGAAAGUGACUUCCAAAGUGCAUAGAAUCGAAGUGCAGUGAAGCAAAGCAUAAGAAAUGACGUACAUAGAGUGAAAAGAGCAAGCGAGGCACGCUCGAACAUUUGUUUUUUAAAGUAGUCGAAUCUCGCGAAUGUAUUAUUUGAUAAGCAAUCAACAAAAAAUAUAACUUAGGCAGGGAAAAAGAGAAAUAAGAAAAUCACACGUGUCGUAUAAAACGACGAUGUUGGGCGAAGUCACGUGAUAUCAGUGAAUGUUCGUCUUGUAAAAACUGAAAAAACGCAUCAUCAACAGUUAAAUUUCAAAAUUGACCGUCUUCUUUUGGUCGAUUGAUAAGAAAUCUUCAAGCUCUCGCUAUUAAAAUACGAACAAUUGAGCGAAGCGGGCUCCGUAUCAAUGGAUGUGGGUGUGUUGUAUUCAAGAACGCCACGGACUAGAGUUUGAUUACAGUAGCAGGAACACACUUCAACUUUCGGGCGGGCGGGUGGAUAUAUUACUUCCGAGUUUUGGAAGACAUUUUUGUUGCGUCGUUUUGAAAUAAGUACCGUUGAAGAUGAAGUUCCUAGCGGGUUUGUUUGGUGAUGGCUCUCCAACGAGAAUUGGUAGGCAGUACAUGAAAGUCGGGAGGAAUGCACUUUUUGGACGAAGGCCUAAUCCUGAUGCACCUAUACCAGUUGAGAAGAUUCCUAAACCUCUCAAUCUUCUGGUCUCGCAGCGCGGGAAGUUCAAGCACAGUAGAAUAGCAGUAAUACUUUUUGGACUGCUUGCCCUCACAAUAGGCAUCAUACUAAGCAGUAUACCAUGGGUUGAUUAUGUCAUUCUCAGACAAUUGAGGUUGUGGAACGGCUCGCUCAGCUUUCAAUAUUGGCAGAAGCCGGGUGUCGUACGUCUCACCAAAGUGUACAUAUUCAACGUGACGAAUACCGAGAAUUUUCUCAAUUUCCAAGAGAAACCCAAGUUGCAGGAAGUUGGUCCUUUUGUCUAUAGGGAGGAUAUGGAAAAAGUAAACAUCGUUUUUCAUGAUAAUGGAACGGUGACUUAUCAACAUAAAAAAAUUCUCAAUUUUGUUCCGGAGAUGUCCAAGGAUGGGGAUCUUCGAGUCCUUGUUCCAAACAUUCCACUUCUAACGCUGUCGACGCAAAGUAAAAGUCUACCAUACGUACUGAAUAUGGGCAUUUCAAUGUAUAUCGCUGGGAUGGAUUUGAAACCGUUCGUGCCAAUCACAGCUCAGGAGCUUGUUUUUGGCUACGACGAUCCUCUAGUCAGUAUAGCGCAUCAAUUCUUCCCUAAAGGUCGACGGCCUAUGAGUCAAAUGGGUUUAUUACUUGGUCGAAAUGGUACACUCGACGAAGUAUCAACGAUAUUCACCGGUCACACGGACAUGCGAGAAUUUGGUUUAAUCAAUAGACUAAAUGGACUCGAUCGAUUACCAUAUUGGCCGGACGCGCCGUGUAAUUCCAUACGUGCCUCCGAAGGUUCAUUUUUCCCUCCACGAGAUCAGACGGGUGAAGACAUAGUAACAGUUUAUGAUAAGGACCUAUGUCGAAUACUACCUCUAAAAUAUCGUGGACCAACGUCUAAAUCAGGCGUCAAGGCCGAUCUAUACACACCUACAGAUACGGUGUUUGACCCGCCGAGUGAUGAGACGCCUGAUAAUGAAUGUUUCUGCCCCGAUAAUCCGAAGAGCUGUCCACCACGGGGUCUCCAAAAUAUUAGCCCCUGCCAGUACAGUGCUCCAGUAUACCUAUCUUUCCCUCACUUUUAUAAAGCUGAUCCAAAGCUCUUAGAUGCAGUUGAUGGUCUUAACCCAAUGCCAGAGUUGCAUGAAACCUUUUUCAAAAUACAACCGAAAUUGGGUGUUCCAGUCGAGGGCAAAGUGCGUGUACAGUUAAACUUGAAAGUUGAGCACCAGCCCCAAAUAACAGCGGUGUCGAAUUUUACGGACAUCGUAUUUCCAAUAAUGUGGCUGGAGGAAGGCGUCGACGAAUUAACACCAUCGAUUCAACGUUGGGUCUACCUGGCGACAACGUUCGCCGACAUUGCCGUACCUCUAACUACUUAUGGUCUUAUUCUAGUCGGCUUGGCUAGCCUCUUGUGGGUUACUUAUCGCACCUACAGUAACGCUGUGCUCGCGCACGAAGCCAUCGAGCUUGGUAAGCGUACGAUACGUCGUGGCUCUUCGUUCAUUGUCAAUGGCCAGCAUAAACUUAUGAUGGCCAGGGAUUCGUAUGUUUUAUUGCAAACGGAUGACAAGUCUGAUGAAGAAGAGAAGAAAAGCGCGAUGAAGGCUUUCAUGAGCGGUGAGCCCGCCUUUGCUUAUUAAAAAAGUGACAAUAAAAUCGUCAAAAUAUUAUCUGUUAUUAUUUUGUUCGAUGUAAUAUCGACCUUGUUAGCUGUAGAUAUUAUUAAUUUUAUUAUCAUUGUCAUUAUUACCUUUUUAAUAUUAUUAUUUAGUAAUGUUAUUUUUAUACCUCUGCGUUUGAUAUUUGUUAGAGUUUGCGAGAAUUUAAGGGAGUGAAUGGACUUUUUGCUAUGGGUUAUAGAGUUACGAAAUUAUACUUUAGUUAGUUGUCUUUUUAUACAACUUAUUUUGAUUAUGGUAAACAGACUUCUUGUUUAGAUUCGUAUGCCUUUUUUCUUAGGGUCGAUUGGAGCUUAAAGUUUUGCUUUAUUAAUGUUGAAAUAUCAAUUCCUACCAAGAAGUAAGAAAAUAUCUUUCUAUCUAGUUUUCUUAGUUACCGAGUCAUAUGUAUGUUGCUUUUAAAGGUGAUCAAAUAUUUCACGAAUUAACCGGUGGUUCGUUGUGUCAUGAUUUUUUUAUGAGUAUUCUUUUCCAAAUUAAUUGUUCCCAAAGGCCACUUAUUUUUCAAUUUUAUUGAUGAUGUAUAUAACACUAAAAUAAUAUAUUAUUUUAGUAUGAUUAGCCUAGAAAAUUGAUUUGGAGAUAUCAUAUUUUUCCAUGUUAUCGGUCGUUUACAUUCAUAGUUUAUCUUAAGAAAUACCUUUUUAAUGACUAUAAUUUUGCAUAUUUUUUUUUACUUCUAGAAAAAAAUAUCAUGUUGUGACAUUUGAGAAAGUGAGAAAAUUUCUAAAUAUUUUUCCGUAUCAAUAUUUGCAGUGCGUUAAUAAGAAUUUCAAAUUAAGAUUUAUUUGUGACAAGAACAAUAACAUUACAAUCAAUCAUGCACACAAGAAUUUCAAAGAAAAUACUAGAUUUGCGCAGCAUUAAAUAAAAAUUUAAUAUUACAAAGUGUUUGCAAUCUAUUAUAAUAUUACGAGUUGACUGUUCAGCCUCAGUCUAAAGAAGUUGAAAUAAUAAUCUUCAUAACUCUUAGUACCUUCAAAUUGAGUUUUUAUUUUAGAAGUUUGGAUUUGGAAGUUUCGUCAAGGGUUUUUGAAAUAAAUUUGAUGCAGAAUACUAGUUCUAUAAAAUAUUUGAAAAACAGUGAAAAAACAAAAUGUAAAAACAUUACCAAUGUUAAUAUAUAACGAAAUUUUCUCGAUAAGAAUUUGGUCUAUUUUUACAAUGAUUACAACAAUAUGCUUAAUUAUAAAAUGAUUUAUUUGAACUAUGUCAUGGAAUAAAAAAUCGUAGGAAACAAUAUUCAUUCCUGCUAAAUACUUUAUAGACAUAUAAAGAUAGUUGUGAGUCAAAGUCACUUUAAUUCUCUUCAUUUUUGAAAUGCGAAACAAAAUAGUUUUUUUGUAACUUGUAAAUAUAUCAAUAAAUAGUUAUUUGUAAUGAGUUGAGUAACAUAGUAUACAGAUAAAAAAAAAUUCUGUUUCGCGUUUCUGAAAUGAAUAUAAAAUAUGUAAAUAUUUUCAAACUAAUCAAGAAUAAUUAUAGUACAUAAUUCUUCGACAAAUUAAUAAUAUGCGAAUAGUGUCUGAAAAACCACACUUUUAAAACAAAAUUAGACACAUUCUUUGGAUCAAAAGUCAAUAUUAUAAAUAUAUAUUAUUUUAGAAUAUAAGGUGAAUUAUAAAUGCCCUUGAAAAUAUGAUCUAUUGCAGUUAUAAAGAUAAAAAUAUUGCUGAAAACACGUGCUAUGGCUGUGGAAAUAAAAAAGAACAAUAAAAGUAAAAGGGAUUUUCUUGCGCUGCCACGAGUGCCAUCUUAGCUGCGGUAUUGAGUGGUAUUUAUCACUUAUUUAGAUACAAUUUCUUCACCUUUUACCCAGUGUUAAAAGUUUGUACGAUAAUAAAAAUGUAAAAUCGAUUUCAUUACCGUGUAAUUAACAAGCAUUUUUUUAUAAAAUAAGUUGUGGUGUAAAAAAAAAUUUUUUUAUUCAAGUUUUACAUUUAGUUUUACAAUGCGAAUAUUUAACGGGUAUCUCAAUAUAAAAUUUAAUAAUGCGAUCGAUUUUAUGUAGUCAUUAAUUUUAUUUUUCAAUAUUAUGUAUUUUUAUGAAAAAAGAUGAUUGUUUUGAAUAAAAUAUUGUUCUGAAU